AUGAACUCAACGUUCAACGAAACUGAAGAUGCUCCAUCACCACCAGCAAUGAUUGCUCCGAUAUUGAGUUUGGAUCCAAUCGCGCGUCUAAUGUUCCACGUGGCAGCAGUUGCAAGCAACUCCACCAUUACCCCCACCACAUCUCCGGUGGAAUCUGCUGAUGAUCCACUUCAGGAGCUAAUUGACAGAAUCAACAGAGCUCAACAAGAAGAGUGUGACCGUCUCGCAAACUCUUGUGAGAACCGUACAUUGUACACCUGGCUUGUUGGAUAUGGAUUCAUCUUUGUAUUCUUGCUGGCCCUGUUCGGAAAUGUUGUCAAUCUUCUGAUCUACAACUCUGACCAUAUCAAGUAUUACAUUGCUAUCAGAAUGCUCUGUACUAGAUUGCUCAUGAACUCUCUCACAUUGAUCUGUAUGCUUCCACAAGCAUUACGUAUCGUGUCUGCAUGGGACUCCGGUUCACACAUUGACGAGCUCUACUGGAUUUACUAUCCAUAUCAGAUUUAUUUUGUGAAUCUUUUCGGAUUUUGCGCGAUGUGGCUGACAGUGUUGAUGACUGCAGAAUGUUAUCUUCACGUGUUCUUUCCUUCUCAUUCUAAAAGUUUGUGUACCAAACGGAAUCUCUCACGAAGCUAUAUGAUCAUUAUCUCGGUUGGUGCUUUGUUGGCGUUGAUGUAUAAGUUCAAUCGAAGUGUCACAAUGUCAACGCAUUGCAAUCGUGUCAUUCCAACUAUCCAUGCUUCUGAAGAUUUCAUAAUGAUCUGUCUCGAAAAAAUCCAUACAUUUGCAAAUCUCCUUUUGGCAAUUGUCGUUCCAAUGUGUCUUCUUCUUUUCAUGGCUGCAUCAAUUUUGUGGAAGUUGGUUUUAAAGAAAACUGAUUUUGUUUCCCAUUUUACUGCUGAAAAACGGUGUGUAACUCGUAUUACACUGAUUACUACUGGCCUUCAACUCAUCGCGGAACUUCCUCCAAUCCCAGUUUUUCUCUAUGCCACUAUUUUUGGACCGGCUGUGACAAAUGAACCAGCUAUUUGUGUUUGGAAUACUAUUGCCGUUUUCCUUGGUCUCUGCAACGUUUCUCUCUCUUUCUUCGUCUAUUUGGUGUUCUCUGACAAAUUCCGUGAAAUGGUCAAAACCCGCCUCUCUGAGCUAAUCCCGUGUUUCUCCACUCCUCGUUCUCUUGUCCACUACUCCAAUGAAACUAGCAAUCCAAAACAGAGAACUAAUUUGUUGGCUCGUGAACAAAUAAGAAUCAAACAAUCGGAUACUGAAUCAUCUGUCUGCACUGAAACAUACCUUCUCAAUGAAAAAUCAUCAACCAACGACGACUCAUUUUUGUAA